GACCACAGAACGUUACAGGACACUGCACUGGUGUUGUGGUCAUGUUGUUGUUGAUACUUCUCCAUUUCUUAACCCCUCUUUCCGCCUUUCAUAUUCCAUACAGACAAACACAUCACUGGUUUCCCAAUAGGAUGUUUACUUAUCCUUAACCUGGCUUCACAACUCACCUCUGACACGAAGACUCCACGUGCACUGUUUCGCCACACAUCCUCACGCCAGCAUCUCUGUAAUAACUGCAAAAACUGGCUCAGAGCUGGUAUUGGGUUUUAUAGUGUCCUCAGAUUGGGGUGAGCUCUGGGGCAGAUGGUCGUGGUCAGUUUGUGGACAGGAGGAGCACGGGGACGGUCAUGGGCUGCUGUAGUGUGACCCAAAGGCACAGUGGAGUGGACGAAGUGGGGCCAGAUGAGAUUGAACUGCUGGAGCUGCCCGUGGACAACCUGGGAGUGUGGAGUUUAGGGGACAGCCGCCUCCAGCUGAGGUCCAGCAGAGAUGAGCCCCCUGUGUCCCCUCCCUCCCGGCCCCCGCCUCGAUGUCCUUCUGUUCCACAGCUGCCACAGGAGGAGGUGCUGUGGGAUCUCAGCAGAGAGGAGCUGCACCACAGGAUCCUCUCCGGCCCACCAAUCAGAGGCUGGGAGGGCCAGCCUGCUCAGCAGUAUGGAGACAUCAUCCACUCCUCACUGCUGUCGCUGUACAACAAAUAUACUCAGGAAACCUCAGAGUGCUGUGUGGUUUUGUUUUCUUACCACCUGUUGCUGCUGUCUGUGGACCACUCAACAUGUGACUUUGUCUACCAGGGCAUCCUCCCUGUAUCAGGCGUGUCGUUUGUGUCCCUGGACUCCCCUCUGCCUCCUUACACGUUUGAGCUCAGCAGUCCUGUCAUAGAACCCAAAAUAUUUCUCUGUGCCAGUGCUGCAGAACUACUCAUAUGGAAACAGCUGAUAGAGGAGAGAAGGCAAAAGUCUCUAACACUGUCCCCAAGCUCAGCCCAUUGCGUACUCUCAUAUCUGUUACCUUGUGAUGAACAGUGGAAGAGGGAAGAACUGAAGAAGUACCUGCUCCACGCCCCAAUAUGGGAGUGGGAGGGCCCCGCCAUCCAACACAUGGGGCAGCCAACGUACCUCUCUGUAGUCCACAUCAUUAAUCCACUUAGACAGGGUCUUCAGGAGAGGCUCAUGGUCCUGUUUCCUCAAGAUGUGCUUCUGCUCUCACUGGACCACCAGAGGACCUCCCUGCGAUAUGAGGGGAGAUUGCCCCGACACGGCGUCAGAGCAGUGGAGCGCUCUGCCCAGCCUGGACGACUGCAAUUUGAACUCACAGGAGAGCUUGUAGAGACCCUGCAGGUGUCAUGUACCUGUCUGCAGGACUAUCAGACCUGGAUGUUCCACCUCCAGCAGCCUGAUAGAAGCAGCUACAUCAGCAUAAAGCCCGCGCCUCCACCAAUCAAACCCAAGCAACACCGGAGCCGCACCGAGUCCCAGGAACCAAUCAUAUCAGAGCACUGCCACCUGAACGGACACAGCUGAGCCACUCACAGCUCACUUUAUAUUUAUGUGUAGAUAGUGUGUGUAUAUAAGUUUACUGUUGUUGCCGAAUAAAAUGCUUAAACAAGA